UGUUUGUGCUGCUGGCAGAAUACUGGUCUGCUUCGUCUGUAUCCACAACACAUUGGGACUAUGACGCAGACAGUGCAGACCAAUGGGGUGCAACCUCUCAGUAAGACAUGGGAACUCAGUCUGUAUGAGCUACAGAGGACUCCACAGGAGGCCAUCACCGAUGGGCUGGAGAUAGCGGUGUCUCCCAGGAGCCUCCACAGUGAGCUGAUGUGUCCGAUCUGUCUGGACAUGCUCAAGAACACCAUGACAACCAAGGAGUGUCUGCACCGCUUCUGUGCUGACUGCAUCAUCACUGCCCUCAGAUCAGGCAACAAGGAAUGUCCUACGUGCAGAAAGAAGCUGGUGUCUAAACGAUCCCUGCGGCCGGACCCUAACUUUGACGCCCUCAUCAGUAAGAUCUACCCCAGCAGAGAUGAGUACGAGGCCCAUCAGGAGAGGGUUCUGGCCCGCAUCUCCAAACACAACAACCAGCAGGCCCUGUCCCACAGCAUCGAGGAGGGCCUCAAGAUACAGGCCAUGAACAGGCUGCAGCGGGGGAAGAAGCACCAGCUGGAGAACGGGAGCGGGGCGGAGGACAACGGUGACUCCUCCCACUGCAGCAACGCAUCCGUCCACUCCAACCAGGAGGCGGGGCCGAGCAUCAAGCGUACCAAGACGUCAGAUGACUCCGGCCUGGACAUGGAUAAUGCUACAGAGAACGGAGGAGGAGGAGACCUGGCGAUGGACGGCGCCAGCGAGAUAGAGCUGGUGUUCCGCCCUCACCCUACGCUCAUGGACAAGGAGGACACCGUGCAGACCAGUGUUGAGUUUGUUCCCAGGUACAUCAAGACGUCAGGUAACGCCACAGUGGACCACCUGUCCAAGUACCUAGCGGUGCGUCUGGCCCUGGAGGAACUGAGGAAGAACGGAGAGGUCAGCCCCGUAGAUGUAGACGCUGCCUCCGAGAAACAAUACACCAUCUACAUCCCUACAGCCAACGGCCAGUUCACGGUGCUGAACGGGUCUUUCUCUCUGGAGCUUGUCAGUGAGAAGUACUGGAAGGUCAACAAGCCCAUGGAGCUGUACUUCGCCCCCACCAAGGAGCACAAGUAGACCACCUGGAGUACCCCUGGGCUGCAGCCAUAAUGCCACCCUGUUCCCUAUAUAGGGCUCUGGCCAACAGUAGUGCACUAUAUAGGGAAUAGGGUGCCAUUUGGGACACAGUCCUGGAUGAGACCUGCCAGGAAGACAAGGUGUCUAAUGGUCUCUCUCUCUACGUCUCUCUCUCUCUCUACGUCUCUCUCUCUCUCUCUCUACGUCUCUCUCUCUCUACGUCU